UUGGUGGCUUAAGACUUGCGAGAAGCCUCCCUCCUCUGACAGCUUGAGUAAAUAAGCGGUAACUGGACCGUUGGCACGGGGCUUCCAAAUCUCUAAAGAGUUUUUUUUAGCCCGAGUCGUCCCACAAUUGAGGCGAAGGUGUUAUUGGGGAGCCACGCAUACAGGAACCGGACCCUGACAGCUCUGACUUACUGGAUCCACCAGCGCAGACAAUCAUGGCUGUCUGGAGGAACCUGUGGUGCAUAAAUGUCGUCACUACAGCGCUGCUCUUCUGCCUUCUGCUCCUUAUCGUUGAUGUGCGGGCACGGCCAGCCAACAUGUCAGCCAUCAAAGAAAAGCCCCCAGUCAGUAAGGAUGAGAAUGAGAUCCUUCCCCCAGACCACCUGAAUGGAGUGAAGCUGGAAAUGGAUGGACACCUCAAUAAGGACUUCCAUCAGGAAGUUUUCCUGGGAAAAGAUAUGGAGGAGUUUGAUGAGGACUCUGAGCCGAGGAGGAACAGAAAGAAACUUAUUGACAUUUUCAACACAAGUUGAUUUCAACCAAGAUAGGAGUGUCAGCGCCAAAGAGAUGCAGCGAUGGAUCAUGGAGAAGACGGAGGAACACUUUCAAGAAGCCAUGAACGAGAACAAGAACAGUUUCCAUGCUGUUGACCCAGAUAAAGAUGGUACCGUGACAUGGGAUGAAUACCGAAUCAAAUUCCUGGCCAGUAAAGGUUUUAAUGAAAAAGAAGUUGCGGAGAAAAUAAAAAAUAAUGAAGAUUUGAAACUGGAUGAGGAAACUCAGGAGGUUCUGGAAAGCCUAAAGGACCGCUGGUUUCAGGCAGACAGCCCUCCAGCAGACCAGGUUCUGAAUGAACAGGAGUUCCUGUCUUUCCUCCACCCAGAGCACAGCAGAGGAAUGCUCCAAUACAUGGUCAAGGAGAUUGUCAGGGACCUAGAUCAAGACGGUGAUAAGAAACUGACCCUGUCAGAGUUCAUCUCUUUACCCGUGGGCACCGUGGAGAACCAGCAUGCUCAGGAAAUCGAUGAUGACUGGGUUCGAGAGAGGAAGAAGGAGUUUCAGGAAGUCAUAGAUUCAGACCGUAAUGGCAUCAUUACCAUGGAGGAACUUGAGGAGUACAUGGACCCCAUGAAUGAGCACAACGCCUUGAACGAGGCCAAGCAGAUGAUUGCCGUUGCAGACGAGAAUCAAAAUCAUCAUUUGGAGCUGGACGAGAUCCUCAAGUACAGCGAGUACUUCACCGGGAGCAAGCUCAUGGAUUAUGCCAGAAAUGUUCACGAGGAGUUCUAAAGACACAUUCACUUUUUCCCUCCGUUUGCUCAGCAAGGCAGGGCGGCAUCCUUCAUUUGCUUCAGGGACAACCUAAUGAUAGGAUGUUGUAGUGUGCAAUUCUUGUGUUUUUAAAAGCCUUGGUUCAGCUGCCUCUUUCACUGCUGGCUCCUGUUAUUACUCUCCUCCUCUCUCAGCUCUGCUCCGUCUGCCAUCCAUCAGAGUUAACGUCGUCAGCCUUCUGUGUGCCACUGCGUGGACUCUUUGACCUUCAAAUUUUGCGGCACAGCAUCAACUCGAAAUUGGUUUUGUGUUAAUAUUGUGAAAUGUAUGUGUAUAUGGGGAAAUUUUGACCCCCCAGUAGCUUUUCAGGUUGGUGUAGUGGUGAGGGAGACUGUGCAGCCAAGUGAACUCUCGUCCUCCAGUGUAAAUAUUCAUUGUCAUACUUAGGAACCAAUGCAAAAGAUAUUUAUAUAUAAAAUGCUGCUGAAAGUAAUUACACAUCUAGAGAUUCCAUUUUUGCUAUAGGACACUUACAUAAAACUACAUGCUGUCACUUUAAAACCCAAAAUUAGAUGGGGUAGCAUAGGUUGUGCACUUUUCACUGGUCUCCAUCAUCUGUCCAUCAGGACGUAUUUACAGGGUAUUGGUCAUGUAAAAGAAAUGUUAAAAAAAAUGGCUUUAAUAAUAUAUAGUGAUUCUUUACAGCACAGGCUUAAGUCAACAUUUAACUGUCUUUAGAUAAUGGAAAAUAGAUUAAUAUAUUAUACAGAUGUGACUUUCACAGCAGACAUUUUGGACUAAUUGAGGGGAAAAGCAUGUGUCGCCGAUAACAUUUGUGUCCUCAAUGAGAGCUUUUGUUAUGUUCACAUUAGUUCAGUGUGAGUGGGUGUGUGUUCCUUACUACAAAGUUAAACUGUUAAAAUCCUGCCUUGUUUAAAUGUGGAUGAAGACCAAUCUGUUUAUUUGGCUCGUGUCAUUUAAAUCACCCGCAUCUUUGUUCUUCGAUGCUAGUCUUCAUGUUUGGCUUGGCACACACAGGAUUAAGGGUUGACUCCUCAGUAUACUUAACCAUUAUAAUUCCACAUGUCCCAUGUUUAUACAUGCAUGCAUAAAUAAUGGAAUUGUAUUCCUCCGUUUUUGUUGAUUUUUCAAUAACCUGUGGAUCCUACUACAGUCCCACUGUCGUCUGUCCUGUUUGGACUGUAAAAUAAGAUUUAACAGAAUGUUCGCAGAUUUAUAAAAAAUGUACCACAAACAUACUGUUAAACAAUAAACAUUUCUUAUGA